ACGCACCCUGAGACUCGAGAGAUAACAAACAUCAGUAAACAAAUAUGUUUUAAAUACAAAUUACAAAAGAAAAAAAAAGAAGGGAAGAAAGUGAUUCUUACUCAUCAUCAUCUUCUUCGUCCUGUUCUUGGAGUGUCCUCUGGGAAGGUAAAAAACAAAAAUAUACACACACAAACACAUAUAUAUAUCUAUACCAUUUUUGUUUUGAAAUCUCGGAAUCCGACUUUCUCUCAUGUUAUCUUCCGUAAGUUCCUCAAAUUUCCACCCAAAAUAGGAAAACAAAUUGAAAAAAAGCCAAAGAAAUAUCUAUCAGAAAUGUCUUGGCUCUUCAAAUCGCUUCAAUCCGGCGAUCCACAACAGUCCACGUCAGCUUCGCCGGAGAGCAGCCCCGUUGGCGUGAAGGAGGACUUGUCGGCAAUCGGGCAGACCAUCGGCCGCCAACUCCGUGGCGUGGCGGCGUUUCUCGCUCCUCCUCCUUUUCCGACGGCCGCUGCCGAUGAUUCGCCGGGAUUGGAGGCGGAAUCGGAGGCUCUGAUCGGAAUUCGGAACGAUCUGGCGGAGAUCGGCGGGAGCUUCAAGAGCGGCCUCACACUUCUCUCCAGUAAUAGCAACAGAGCGGUCAGUGAGAUCUCCAGGUUCGCUUCCAACUUCUUGCAGUUUCAGGACAAAUCGCCAAUCGAAGAAGAAGGAGAAGAAGGAGAAGAAGAAGAGGAUGAAGAUGAAGAUGGUGUUCCAGGGAUUACCCAUGAGGUUCUUCAAUUCGUGACCGAGAUUUCAAAGCGACCAGAAUGUUGGACCGAUUUUCCUUUACGACUCGAUUAUGGUAAUCAUCUGCUAUAA